AAUGUUUGGCAUGUUGAGUUCUUGAUCUUGACUUGGGAUAAAUCUUAGAUUUCGGACGAAAUUUCCUCCUCCGUAAUUAGCUUUCAAAGACCAGAAGAUGCAGGACCCUAAUGAAGACACACAAUGGAACGACAUCCUGAGGGCAAAGGGCAUCAUCCCACCCAAGGAGGAACCAGAGGUCACGGAGGAUGACAUCAUCGGAUUAAUGGAGCAGACGCUCCAAGAGAAGACGCAAGGAAAAGCAAUGGAAGACAUGACCUUAGAUGAGUUGGAUGAACUGGAAGAUGAUGAAGAUGAAGAAGUCCUCUUAAGAUACAGACAACAAAGGAUAGAAGAAAUCAAGAGGUUACAAGGGAAAGCGAAAUACGGCGAAGUCAAAGAAAUAUCCGCCCAGGAUUAUGUGCAAGAAGUCAACAAGGCCGGGGAAGGGGUAUGGGUUGUUCUUCAUCUCUUCAAACAGGGCAUUCCCCUCUGCUCCCUCAUCAACCAGUACCUCGCGCAACUCGCCGCCAAGUUUCCAGCCACCAAGUUCCUCAAGAGCAUAUCCAGCACCUGCAUCCCCAACUACCCAGACAAGAACCUCCCCACCAUGUUUGUGUACUUCGAGGGCGACAUGAAAUCGCAGAUCGUAGGACCGAUCGAUUUCGGUGGCAUGAAUUUGACACUAGAAGAGUUGGAGUGGAAAUUAUCUGAAAUGGGCGCCGUGGUAACGACGUUGGAAGAAAAGCCUCAGCCAACGACAAGAACAACGGUCAGCUUUGCUGGGGGUCGGGAUCAAGCGGACGAUUCAGACAAUGACGACUACUAGACUGUUAGAAUAUUUUUUAUUUUAUUCAAUUAUUUAUAGUCAACUCAAAAAUAAAUUGGAAUAAUUUUAAUCUUAAGGUGUAUUUUUUGGGACCAGUCUACCAGUGUUGUGGGCAAAUCUAACACAAGUCCAUCACAAGUCCAACCACAAAGUAAUCACAAGUCAAGUCGCAAGUCCAGUCAGAAAGUCAAUUCAUAAGGAAAUCACAAGUCAAUUCGCAAGUCCAUUCGUAAGGAAAUCACAAGUCAAGUCGCAAGUCCGAAGUCCAGCUACAAGGAAGACACAAGUCAAGUCACAAAUCCAUUCAUAAGGAAAUCACAAGUCAAGUUGCAAGUCAGAAGUCCAACCACAAGGAAAUCACAAGACAAGUCACAAGUCAAUACAUAAGGAAAUCACAAGUCAUGUCGCAAGUCAGAAGUCCAACCACAAGGAAAUCACAAGACAAGUCACAAGUCAAUUCCUAAGGAAAUCGCAAGUCAAGUCGCAAGUCAGAAGUCCAACCACAAGAAAUCACAAGACAAGUCACAAGUCCAUUCAUAAGGAAAUCCAAAGUCAAGCCCUAAGUCAGAAGUCCAGCCGCAAGGAAAUCACAAGUCAAGUCGCAAGUCAGAAGUCCAGCCACAAGGAAAUCACAAGUCAAGUCGCAAGUCAGAAGUCCAACCACAAG